GUCAGAUUUAAUAUCUUCGGUCGGAAGAGAUAAUUUUUAAAAUAAAUUAGUACGAAAUUUGUCAGCAUGUGGUGCUCAUAUAUUAUUUUCGUCUUGUUUCUAGUAAAUAUUUUUGGACUUCCUCAGACCGUACCUGAUGAAGACAUACCAGGAAGGGCCGCUUUAGACAAUUAUCCUUUAGUAGACGGGCAUAAUGAUUUGGCGCACAAUUUGUACCUGGCCUUCAAUAAUAAAUUAGGCAACUUUGAUUUUGAAAAAAAUUUCACCGAGUGUCCCGUCUUUCCAAAAGAUCACAUAAAACCAUCGGCAACAGAUUUACCUAGACUCAGGGCUGGAAAACUAGGGGCUCAGUUUUGGGCUGCCUAUGUAAAUUGCAGAAAAUCGAAAAACUAUGUUAUUGACACUAUUAAUCAAAUUGAUGUUAUAAAAAGGCUUAUUAAAAAGUAUCCCAAAGACCUACAAUACACCACCACUGCAGAUGGAAUUUUGGAAGCGUUUAAGCAAAAGAAAAUAGCCAGUCUGAUAGGUGUGGAAGGAGGUCAUUCAAUAGAGGAUAAACUGUUUCUUCUUCGAGCCUUGUACGAUCUUGGAGCCCGGUAUAUGACUCUAACACAUUCAUGCAACUUAAAUUGGGCUGAUUCCUCAAUUGUUGACGAACCUAAUGCUAACUUCGAGGAGAAAAAGUUAACUGAUUUUGGAAAGAGAAUAGUUCAUGAAAUGAACAGACUGGGUAUGAUGGUUGAUUUAUCUCAUGUAUCUAAAAAUGUGAUGUCAGAGGCUUUGAACGUUACAAGAGCACCUGUAAUAUUUUCUCAUUCUUCCGCAAAGGCAGUUUAUUCUCAGGCCAGAAAUGUGGACGAUGAAAUUCUUAAACGUGUGGCAGACAACCAGGGAAUUGUUAUGGUCAACUUUUAUGAUGCUUUUAUUGCUGCCCACAACGCCACCAUUUAUGAUGUUGCAAAUCACAUUAAUCACAUAGUAGAUGUUGCGGGGGUAAACUACGUUGGUAUAGGAUCUGAUUUUGAUGGAGUUCCAAGUUUGCCCAAAGGACUCGAAGAUGUUUCCAAAUUCCCCGAUCUGUUCGAUUUAUUAAGAACUCAAAACAAAAGCAGGUGGACCAUUGAAAAUCUAGAAAAAUUGGCAGGCAGAAAUUUAGUCAGAGUAUUUAAGGCUGUGGAGAGAGUCAGGGACGAAUUAAUCAAUGAAGAGCCAGCGGAGGAUUAAAGAAUCAAAUUAAUUUUGUAACCGUCAAUGUUAUUCAAAUAACGUGAAUUUUCUAGUUUACUUAAAUUUGUUAAUAAAGCAAAUUGUACACA